UAGUGAACGGUAUGCAUGGGCCCUGCAGCGUUUGGAAGGUCUUGGCAAAUGUGUCGCAGUUGGAGAACUCGCAAAGCGCAGGAUGUCUAGACAACCAUCCGAUGUUGUCUUGAAUAUAAAAAAGUUGAUUGGGAAACAAUUUGAUGACUGCUGGGUGCAAGGAAUGAGGAAAAGAGUCCAUUUUAGCAUCGUUGAAGGGGGGAGAGGAGAAGCUUGCGUCCAAAUCCAUGGAGUGAGAUUUUCUCCUGUUGAAAUUGCCAGUGUUAUUUUUGCAAAGCUCAAGGAUGUCGUCCUGAUGUACCAAUUUCAUCACGAAUUAAAAGCGGUGAUAAGUGUGCCCAUUUUCUUCAGUGAACAGCAAAGGGAGGCCAUAUUGUUGGCGGCAAACAAAGCGGGCUUAACGGUAUUGCAGUUAAUAGAUGAACCAACGGCGGCCGCUCUUUCUAGAGCAACAAUUAAAGAAGGUACCAUUGUUGUUUUCGACAUGGGUGCUGGAUCAUACACAGUCUCCGUACUUGGUGUGUCUGGCACAAACAUUGAGGUCAAAAGUCAAUCUGCUGACCCCAUUGUUGGUGGGGAUCAAUUCGACGAUAUAGUUCUGUACUACUUUAUUACGCAGAUCAGAAAUUUUCAUCAGGUCGACAUUCGUUCAGAUAAAUAUGCUAUGAUGUUACUUGCUGAAGCAGCGGAGCAAGCUAAAGUGGAAUUAUCAACCCAACACGAAGUCACAAUUUCCGUGUCAUGAUGAUGCUAGCGUCUCUAUUUCUCGGGCAGAGUUCGAGAGGUUGGUUCACAACAUGGUAGAACAAAUUCAAUACAAGUGUUGUGUGGUCCUAAAAGAGGCUAACAUCACUGACAAGCGUAUCAAUGAAAUUGUAUUGACUGGGGGGAUGACAAGAGUUCCCAUGAUACGGAGAAUCAUAUAUGACAUAUUUGGCAAGAAUCAGGGUACAAGCGUGAACCAUGAUGAAGCCGUGGUUAUCGGUUCAGCAAUACAAGCUGCUCUCAUUGUGGAAGAUCAGCGUGAGAUGAGAGAAGACAUGAUUCCACUCUCUAUUGGUGUUGAGUCAGAAGGAGUUUUCAUGCGGGUUAUUCCAAGGCAUACCACAAUUCCUACUAAACGGACGGUUAAAAUUCCUUCAUGGUGUGCAUAUGGUGAAAGUCUGCAUCUCAAAGUUUUCCUUGGGGAGCAUGUCAUGGUUAGCCAUAACACAUUCCUAGGAGAGGUAGAGCUAGUCAACAAUCGAUGGUCGGGUCAAGGAUCAGUUCAUUUUGAGCUGACUUUUGAAGUUGACACAGACUACAUGGUCAAAGUAACUGGCAGAAACCCUGGUGACGCCGACGGCGCGAGGAAAGCAACAUUCAAGGUCUUCAAUGUACGCGAGAUCGUUAUGUCUAAGGGCAAAGUCGGCGAGUCCGUUAGGAACGCCUUGCUUGGCUGGUCAAUGCAAGGCAUAGAGAUCCAUGCUCGUCUGGUAAACAUGGGAAAGCAUAUAGCGAAUACCCUCCGCGACGUCUUGUCGGCGAGAAAAGAUGAGGUCCCAAAGAACAUCUAUGAUGAUGCGGCAAAGGCCCUGGCUGAUUUGCUGACGGUGUUGCAUGCGGGCAGCAAAGACGCUGCGCACAUCCAUGUGCUGAAAGAUAAGAUGCUCGCUGCUGCGGCAGAGGAAGAGAAGCUGAUGACGGAUUGGAACCCACCGUCAACGUCUCGUCAUAGAGGUUCUUAUUCAGAUUAUUCAGACUAUGAAGAUGAGGAAGAGAGUGCAUAGCCCAUGUUCGGACAAGUAACCAGUUAAGCGCCAGACUAGGGCGUUCGCAUGUAUAUAUACAUUCAUUUACAUAGGAG